CGAGGCAGUAACACACGAGCUUGAGGUAACAGCGUACAGCAUAAAGGGAAUGUAGGACAGGUGUAUUGAAACUGAUACUUGACACAGGUAUAAGACGAGACUUAAACAUAUGAGCUCAGUCUUCGUGUAUGCAAGUAGUCAAUUUAUGUCUUCAUCUGAGCCAAGUUUUGCUGACCCUACACAAGCAGAAGACAUUAAACCGCGUUUUUGCAGUACGGGAUAAUUGUAUUAACGAGAGAAGAUUUUGACGAGCAAUGACGACAAUGGAGGAAGAAAUCCAGAAACCAAACAUUCCGAUAUGGCGCACAAAGCGAUACCAGAUGGCCAUCCUGUACUGCCUGGCCUUUGUUGUACAAGGUAUCCUCAUGUACAACCUCAGCAUCGCCAUAGUGUGCAUGGUGAAGCACGACCCGCAGUACAGUGAGAUCAACAGUGAGGCAUUAUUUUCCAACGACACCUCAAGAAACGAUACCAUGGUGAAAGAGGGCGGUGAGUUCCGGUGGUCCAAACAGCUUCAAGGUCUGCUUCUUGGUGCUAUGUUCUGGGGUUACAUGGCAGGCCAGAUACCCGCCGGAUGGCUGAGCCAGAGGUACGGUGCAAGGAUGGUUGUUGGUCUGGGAGUUGGAGGUGCAUCCGUCGUCACGCUUCUCUCCCCAUUAGCGGCAAGAACAAAUCACUAUCUCUUCCUGGUCACCAGGCUGAUAUUUGGAGCAUUGCUGGGUGUACCAUAGGCAAUGCCAUCGUGUUUCCACUUGGUGGAAUUCUUUGCGACGAUGACGUCAGCCUUGGAUGGCCAUUUGUAUUCUAUAUAACUGGUGGUGUAUCGGCAAUAUGGAGCAUGCUAUGGAUUUUCUUUGCUCGGAACUAUCCAUCUCAAACCCCGGGUAUAUCAGCAGAGGAAGUAGAAUACAUUGAAGCAAGUCUCAGACACAGGGUUUCCAUGAAAAGAGUUCGAACAACACCGUGGAGAGAGAUGUUCACUUCCAGACCCGUCUUUGCCGUCAUCGCUACUCAUUUCCUCGCCAACUUCGUCCUCUACAUGCUGCUAACUAAAGCGCCCACUUACUUCAAUGAGAUCUUAAAGCUCGACAUCAAAGCUAACGGUGUAUAUUCAAUGCUUCCAAUAAUCUGUAUGGGCGUAACAGUGUUUGCUGGUGGGCACAUAUGUGACUUCUCUAUCUCCAGGAAGAUCUUCAGUGUUGGAGUGUCCAGGAAAAUUGUAACUGUUUUCGGUACACUGUUUCCCGGGAUCUUUAUGGUGGUCCUGGCUCAGGCAAAGCAGGGUCAAGUCGCAUUUGCUGUAUCGUUCAUGUGUCUGACACUCGGCUUCAUGGGCUUCGGCUUUAGCUCCUACGUCAUCAACUACGGUGACAUCGCGUUGCAGUACGCCGGCACAUUGUCCGGUAUAGGAAACGCCAUCAGCUCCUUGCCAGGAAUAGUAGCCCCGUAUGUUGUGUCAGAGCUCACACCAAACGGUACCCGACAGGAAUGGCAACUGGCUUUCUACGUCACUGCUGCAAUAGCAGGACUUUCGGCCCUUGUUUUUAUCCUGUUUGGUUCCGGUGAGCUGCAGCCAUGGGCAAAACCACAAUCAACACAGGAAGUAAUAUUCAUCGAAAAACCAAAUCAAAAUAUUCCAGAUUCGAUUGUGAAGUGUCCCAAAGCCUUAGAACAUUCAAGUGUAUGAAAUAUAAUGAAGGAAAGACAAAACCAAAACGAAACAUCGUUGAAUCACAAGUUCACUCUGGAGGGAUUACAUUUUCAUUAAUUCUAUAUUUGAUUGUAUUUAAUAAGCACUUUAACACACCACAACCGAAGCUGACGUUAAUCUGAAGCACACGAGGCGUCGGACAUGACAUCGAAGCUACCAGCACUCUCAUUGUGACGAGCCGAUAACCCUAAUAUUUCUUAAGAGUACCAGUGACUUAUUCUCGUACAAA